AUGGCUUCGUUCAAGGUUCUUUUCACAACCAUCGCUUUGAUUGGCGUAGCUGCAGCUUUACCAAGGAUCGUCUAUGAAAACCAUCAGCAGCAAGAGGAAGACGACAACCAAGUGAAGUACGCGGUGGCUGAAACGAACGAUGCUAUUGCAUACGAACAAGGCCAUGAGGAGGAACAAGGUGAAGACAGAGGGUACGAUGUUGGAGGAGAGGAACACCAAAGCCACGACACUCACAACAUCGAUUAUUAUGCGCCGCCCAAGUACACGUUCAAAUACGGCGUGAACGACUACCACACGGGGGACAUCAAGAGCCAGCAGGAAUCGCGGGACGGCGACGUGGUUAAGGGCCAGUACUCCGUGGUGGAGCCCGACGGUUCGGUGAGGACCGUCGAGUACACGGCCGACAAGCAUUCCGGAUUUAAUGCGGUGGUGCACAAGACGGCGCCGACCAAGAAGGAAGAGCAGUACCAGGUGGAGCAGGAGGAGCACUACGAGGCGGCGGUUCCGGAAGAACAAGGCGCUGAGGGGCAUUACUAGUCUGUUUUUCCGAAUUCCUAUCUACACGAAUCCUUAGGCAAUACCCCGAUGGCAUUUAUAUUACAUUCUUUUUUCUCUCAAAACAAAAACUAACUUUGGUACGUGUAAAGUAGCAGGAAGUAGAUGUGGGCAUUUAUUUUAAGCUGUAGAUUUUGGAAAAAUGAAAAGUAAUAGGAUGUUUCAAAGUGGAGGUUUGUUACAAAUAUAUUUAUUGAACAGAACGCUCUAAAUUACACAUAUUGCAAUAAUUAUAGGUUAAUUUAUUGUUAUCUUAGAGAAUGUAUAAAUAUGACCUUUUGUGUUAAAAAUAAGAGAUAUGGUAGGUUUAGUAAAAUGAAUAUUUAUAGGAAUUCUUCAGUAUUUUAAUUGUUUUUAAAUUUUACUAGUCUGUAAGUGUGUACACACCUAUUUUGUUAUUUUU